AUAAAGACCCUCGCGGGUAGGGGCUCCAGUCUCCCCCCUCCCAGACGGGAUUGAUCAUUAUGACGCAAAGAGCCAAAGCGACGUGGGCUUAUUGGCUCACGCACACCACGCUCCUCGUCGUCGGCGUCGCCGCCACGUCUCACGGCCGCGAGUACUAUGGCGGGACCUUGCACUGGGAGGCAGAAGACUCGACGCCGACUGCAGAAGGCUUCGUGAGAAUUCGCAUCGUGUCCUCCCUGGCGCUGCACUCGACGACGAAGUGUUCGCUGAACGAGACGUGGAGCUGUCCAGCUGGGAGUGCCGAGCUGCAGGUGCAGGGCAGAUACCGCUGUGCCGGGGCCAGUGAGCGCGAUGGCUGGAAAAUGUUGAUGAGCAGCUUCACGAUGUUAACCAACGGUGGCACGGCUGAACACCGGUCUUGCUGUUGGCACAAUGCGUCGCUCAUGAGCGCGACGGAAACGAAACCUCCCCUCGACACUUAUGGGUACUUGCUGGCGUCCAGCAUCGACCCGAGGACCAGGAGCGACACGAACCAGUCCAACAACUCCCCCAAAGCCGCCUUCCCCCCUCUAAUCCGCGUGAACGGCGCCUGCGAGUCCGAGCAGCGCGUUGUGGCGUCUGACGCCGACGGGGACCGCGUGAGGUGCCGCUACGCACGCGGCCCCGAGUGCCCGGACGGCUGCGGCAGCUUCCCGAAUGCUCAACUCUUAGAGGCACGUGUCCUCUCGUCCUCUUGUGGGCGUUUCCCGGUCGGUUUCUUUUGUUUCGAGCCCAUUGUGCGUCGCGCGCAGGCGGCGUGGAGAGAUCUCUGCUGCGGAGAAGGUCCAUUGCUUAAAUAAACACUGCCCGUUUUGUGUAUUGCUUUCCCCCUUUUUUCCCACGUUAACGCUGAAAUGCGCUCUCUAUUGGUGCUGGUACAGCACUGCUGGUGCAGUCAGAUAUAUUUAUUUGCAACGUUAAUGCUGGCAUAAUAAGAAUGCUAUGACGGCAGCGAUUUGUAUGGAUACGGUGACAGAAGGGUAAUGUGUAAACAUAUGAAAUUGCACAUCUCGUGAGAUGCAAACCAGAAGAGUGAUCGGUUGCAUUGUUCUAUGCUCAUCCCAUUGUUUAUGUUUAACCCGAGGCGAUUAUUUCUCUCGCGCUCAUAGUUGUGACUGAACCGGGCGGCCUCGUUAGUCGCCCAAAGCGCGCACCGCUGUAGUCCCAGCGCCGCUUGUUGGUGACGAGCAUUCGC